AUGGAAAUAUCAGUGUUUAGUGUAGGCAAAUGUCAUCCCGGUUGUGCAUUUCACGACGGCGUUUCAGCAGAAAGUGAAGGAGUACGUUUCAUUCGACUGCGUGAAGAUGCCGAAACCGGUAAAGAAAUUCUCACACUUAAAGCUUAUCCACGUUCAAAAAUCGCUCUACAAACUGCCGAUAAUUCGGGAGAUCACAAAUAUUUUGCCAUACGUGAAGUAAAUACUACCUCAGUGGUAGUAACGCUGACAAGAUCUCUGGAAGAUCUUGUGGACAGAGAUGUGCCAAAAAAUCUAUUAAAAUUUCGCAUAGUAUGUGCAGCAAAAAAUGAGAAACUGGAGGAAGGAAGUUAUCUGUCGGUGACAGUGUAUAUAGAAGAUGUUAAUGACAAUAAACCGGAGUUUCUUAAUACACCCUAUAUAGUGGAUAUCGAAGAGAAUACCCCACCCGGCACUAUAGUGUUUGAGGGUAUACAGGCAUUUGAUCGUGAUAAACCCAAUACACCCAAUUCUGAGGUACACUUCAGUAUGUCUACAGUGCCAGAACAAUUGUCAGCCGACGGCAGUCCAUAUUUUGCCUUGAAGAGUCCUCAUAGACCCUUGCUGAUUUUGAAAAAGGAAUUAGAUUUUGAUAAUGGCAUACGUUUAUUUAGUUUGCCGCUGUUUGCCUGGGAUCGUGGUACCCCAGCAAAUCAGGUCAAUACUACCAUCACUAUAAAUAUUAAAGAUGUAGAUGAUUUGCCGCCCAAAUUUACCGAGGGGGUGUAUCGUACCAAGAUUAAUGAAUUUUAUCCCAUGACGGGCAUGCCUAUUAGAAUACCUUUGUAUUUUGAUCCACCCAUAAUGGCUUUCGAUCAGGAUUCUUUAAAUGCCACUUUAAUCUAUGACAUUAUAUCGGGCAAUGAACGGAAAUUAUUUCGUGUAAAUCCUCAUAAUGGCGUCAUGUAUUUGCAAAAGGAAAUCGAUUUGGAAGAGGAAAGUUUGCCGGGGAAUACGUUUGUUUUGCAGAUAGAAGCUAGGCAAAAAGAUAAUCCUUUGAAGAAGGCUUUGGCAAGAAUCGAAGUGGAAAUCCUUGAUCUAAACGACAAUGUUCCGGAAUUUGAAGCUGACUUUUACAAUAUUUCCAUUGUGGAAAAUUUACCCACCGGCUUCAGUGUCCUACAGGUGAAUGCUAUCGAUCGUGAUCAAGGAGAAAAUGCCGAAUUUCUCUAUAAUCUCAAAGAGGAACCAGAGGCAAAUGGGGCUUUUCGCAUAGACUCCAGAUCUGGUUGGAUUACCGUACGCGAUGAUCGUUUGCUAGAUCGGGAACAACGUAAAGCCGUUCACUUAGAAGUAGAGGCUUUGGAGAGAACACCCUCCUACAUGGAAGAUAUAAAUCUCAAGAGACCCGGACCAAGUAUGGUUAAAGUGGAGAUAACGCUGCUCGAUCAAAAUGAUAAUACACCCAAAUUUGAACAUGGAAACUUGUAUGAAUUUAAAGUACCCAUAACGGCCUCAGUGGGUUAUGUGAUCGGACAGGUGGUGGCCUUGGAUCCAGAUGAAGGACCCAAUGGUAUGCUGUUGUAUGACUUGCAGAGACCAAAGAAAAGUGGUUACAUACCAUUUCGUUUGGAUAACAAGAAUGGCACCAUCUAUGUGGCUGGACCAUUGAGGAGGGGGAGAAUUGCAGUGUUUGUGGAAGCCAGUGAUCAGCCUCUAAAUCCUUCCGAACGGCGUUUCUCCUUGGCCGUUAUUACCAUUGAAGUGUAUGCCACCAUUGACGAUCAGGCUAUUGAUUUCAUAGGAGCACCUUAUGAAUUUUGGGUGGGAGCUAAUGCUCCUUUGGGCACCUCAGUGGGUCAAGUUCGUACCACACUCAUUUACGAUGGAGAAGAUGAAAUUAUGUAUGAUCUAUUGCAUACCUAUUCAGAAGGAGUACCCUUUGCCAUAGAAGAAAGAUCGGGUAUUAUAACUGUAAUAAGAGAAUUAUCGGAAUUCAGUCGUAAAAUCUAUUAUUUUGAGGCCGUGGCUAAUUAUCUAUUUGCCAACUCCACACAACCCUUGAUUAUGUCGCGUAGUUCCCAACCAUUGACUACAGUACCUGCUCCCGAUUUAACUGAUGAAGGUGUAUUAAUAACAAAUGUUACCAUACAUGUGGUAACAAAACCCGAAGCUAGAGUUCCCUUGAGACCGGUCAUAGAGGAAAUCAACAUGAACAUUAUUAAAUUUCACAUAGAAGAAAAUAUUGUGGGCGGCAUAGUUGGCCAAUUGUUGUAUAAAAAUGGCAUAAAUAUUGUCAACAAUGAUUUGGAAUCCUAUAGAAGUCUACCGGCUGAAACCAAUGUUACUCUUAACUCCCGGUUUCGCAGUCGAAAUCAAAGACAACAGAUUAGAAAACGUUUGCCCAGACGUUUGGUACAAGAUAAUAAUAUAAAACUGCGCUACAUUAUAGCCAAUCAGCAGGAAGUUAUCAAUAAAAUUACAAUCACCGAAGAUGGCACAUUACUUACCUUGACGGGCUUGGACCGUGAGGUGAAAGAUAAAUACGACUUAACGGUUAUAGUGGAAUACACAACUGGUUUGGUUAGUGGAGCUGGUAUUUACCAAGUGGAAAUUAAAGUAGAUGAUGUCAAUGAUAAUCCACCCGAAUUUGGUGAUCUCAAUUAUAUGGGUCUGAUUAAAGAGAACAGUGUAAAGGGUAUAGAGGUGGCCUUAAAUAAACCUGUUCUCAUUUCCGAUAAGGAUUUGGGUAAAAAUGCUGAAUUUAAAGUCAUGCUGCAGGGUGAUUAUAGUGAUAUGUUCAAGGUGGAACUAGUGCAAUAUGAUAAUGCCACCGUCUUAAAUACUCCGCAAAUCUUUGAUGUCUACAAUUUGACCGAACAGUGGACAGAGGAUUUUAAAUAUCUGGAAAUGCAAACCGAUUUGAAACCCAUCAACUUGAAAAUGAACAAUCAACCAUUUUUCAAAAUUUCCUAUUCCGGCUUUAAGCCUUUAGAUCGUGAAAAAGAGCAAAUUUAUUCUUUGAAAAUUCUGGCUGUUGAUACAGGAGGUUUGACUUCUUAUGCCAAUUUGAAUAUUCUAAUAGCAGAUGUUAAUGACAAUGCGCCCAUGUUUGAAAGGAUUUCAGUAUUUAAAGACUCGAAAGUGGAAAUUCGAGAAUAUACCACCGACAUGGAGAUAUAUUUUGUGGAAUCAUCUACCAAUCUAAUGCCUACCAUGGCCUCUUUGUCUUCGAAUAUAGUAAUACCUCCAUAUUUCUUACCCGGAUCUCCCAGACUGCAUACAGGAGAAGGUAGUUUCAAUAAUUCUCAAGCACCCAGACCACGCUCUAGAUCAAGAAUGCGUGCCAGAUCUAGGAUAACUAGGGCGAUGUUGCCUCUACAUAAAUGUCCUUUGUUUGCGGUCUACGAGGAUACCCCAGUUUUAACCAAGAUUCUGCAAGUUACUGCCACAGAUGAAGAUUUUGGACGCAAUGCCCAAAUUCAUUAUGAGUUGGCUACUGAGCAUGUGGAUCGUUUGAUGGGUGUUCAAUUGACUAAUAAACAUCAUAAUAUUAAGUAUUUUGCCAUAGACAAAUUAACGGGAGAGGUUAUGAUUAACUACCCUUUAAUAGCCAACAUUGAAGUAAUGCUGAAUAUCACUGCUUCAGAUAUUGAUAAUUUGCAAGAUUCCACCUGCUUAAGAUUUGUGGUAAUAGAUGUGAAUAAUCAUGCUCCUGUUUUUAAAAAAUCUUGGUACAGUUUUGAUACCCAGGAGGGAGAUUAUAAAGAUUCGGUACUAGGUCAAGUGGUGGCGGUAGAUUUGGAUUUUGGUGAAAACUCGAAUGUUUCGUAUUCGCUCAGUGAAACAGAUUUGCCAUUUAGAAUUAAACCCGUAUCGGGUGUUAUUAAGAUUAUAGCUUCUUUGGAUCGAGAAAUCAAAGACAAAUAUACCUUCCAGGUCAUAGCCUCAGACAAUGCAGAGCCCUUAUACCGACUCUCUUCCUCCGUUGAGGUGGAAGUAAAUGUUUUAGAUUUAAAUGACAAUAGACCUGAGUUUAUUGGUUACGAUGAUGUUACCAAAGCCGAGCUUUAUAUACCCGAUGUAGCGGAUAGAACUAUGAAGGUGCCUUUAUACAAGGCCUAUUUGGAUCGUAAUACCAAACCGGGUAUGUUUGUUAAACAGAUUAACGCCCUAGACAAGGAUUACAUAGGAAAUGGCAAUGGUUUGGUAUUGUAUUCUUUGCUGCAUCAGGAAAGCCAUGGUGUGCCCGUUUUUCAUAUAGAUUCCAGAGAAGGUUCCAUAACCACCAUUAGCAACUUUAAGGGCUACAAUGAUUAUGAACAUUUAAAUGUUACUGUCAUAGCAGCAGACUUGGGUAGUCCCUCCUUAAGCUCCACAGCCAUAGUGUUGGUAAACCUGCAAGGACAGGCUAUAAUAGAGACCACCACACCUAAGCCAGAGGAAGUUAUUAACUUUCAAAAUGUUACACUCUUUCAACAUCAAUACUAUGAAAUACAAUUGUUGGAAAAUAAUGAAGCACCUACCGAACUUUUAAAAAUCAAUUUUACUAAGGAAUUUAAUCCAGAAUCUUUGCGCUGGUCUUUGUGGGUGGAGGAGGGUUUAGAUGCCCUAGAAGAGGGUCAGGUGUCAUUUGAAUUUGAGCCCAAGACUUCAAUACUUUAUGCCCUAAAAUCAUUCGAUCGUGAGCAAAACGAUCAUUAUCAGCUGCGCCUUAAAGGUGAAAAACCAAAUCGAGAGGCCAGAACUUAUGCUCAUUUAUCUUAUCCAGUCAACGAUGAACGUUUGGAGGGCUUGGAAAACACCGAAUGCCGUUUGGUGUUGAAGAUUUUAGAUGAAAAUGAUAAUGCUCCCAAAUUUAAACAAAGCGGACAGCCCAUUAUAGCUGUAGUGCCACGUUCAGCCACUUUUGGCUAUCCCAUUACCCGUGUAGAGGCCAUUGAUCCUGAUAUGGGCUUAAAUUCUGAAAUACGUUAUCGUUUGCUUAACGAACAUUCACGGCUAUUUGGUAUCGAUGAGUCAUCGGGCAAAAUACGUUUAAUUGCGAAUAUAGAGCCUUCGAAUGAUCGUGUUUAUGGUUUUGAUGUCAAGGCCACCGACCGUGCAGGGGCUGAUGAUGGUCGCAGUAGUAUUGUGAAUGUUUUCGUCUACAUAAUCGAUGAAAAGAAACAAGUGCGUAUUGUGGUGGCUGGCAAACCGGUUGAGGUGGAAAAGAAAAUCGAUGCUUUAAUGCAGGGUCUAAGUGAGGCAAUUGGCAUGGAAGUUAGGGUGCGUUUGCUGGAGCCUCACAUUGGCGGAUUGGAACCGGCUACUGAUGCUUACAUCUAUGCCGUCGAUUAUCGCUCAAAUUCUGUAGUUGAAAUGGAACAGCUACAAGAAUCACUGGCUGCCAUACAACUAGACACCCUGCAACAUCAUCAACAACAGCAGCUUCUGCAAAAUAAUCCCGAUGGACCCUGGGAUUCCAGUAAGGCAAUGCCACGCAUUAUAGAAUUGGCUGAAUUUGGUCAAAUGCCUCGUAAGUCCACACAUAGUGCAACGUUCUGGAGCAGUUUGGAGAUUGUAGCCAUUGUUUUGGUGGCGUUUUGUGGCAUUGGAGCAGCCCUCACAGCAUUGUGCUUCAUGUGUAUGCGACAAAAACGUGGUCUCUGGUCACAACAAGAAUUUCCAUCAUCCGAAACGGGUUUAACAUAUACCAUAGCACGUGCUGGUCUAGAUUCAUGCCGCAGACGCCAUCAUCAAGCACAAACAGUAACUCCAGAUCCACAUCAUCAACAACUACAAAGACAAAGUCAACAAUCUUUGUGUUCUUCUGGCAAGACACAAUCGACAGCGGUGGCAACACAAAAACUAUCUCAAGACUGGACUGCAGCCAAGUUGCAAACACCGCAUCAUCAAACAACACAACCUCUCAGUCAGACACAUUCUACACUAUCGAAACAACAUUCUUCGUCUCACUAUCAUCAUCCUCAUGCCCAUCAUCAUCAUAGUCACAAUAAUAAUCCACAAUCUCAACAGCAAAACACUCAGCAUCAAUAUGUGCCUCAAAUACAACAUCAGCAUCAACAUCAUCAUCAGCAUUUAAAUAAUGACCAAAGACAACGUGAAUACAUUGAUGUUCCUUUACCCAAGUCUGUAGUGAAAUCAGCAGCUUUAAGAAAUGCCAGCAACUCCUUGGAAGAUGAGGGCAGUAACACCUCACCAUUUGUAUUGAAAUACAAUGCCUGUCAACCCGUAAAUAAUCUCUCUCCACAUUCCUUUGAAACCUCCAUGUUUUCCUUACACUCCAAUGGACAAGAUUCCGGUGUAGAUUUUCUUAGCAGUCGUGAACUGUAUGAAACUUCACCAGAUUCAUUUGAUUCUCAAGCACGCAAGGGCUCUCUGUGUCCGCGUCAUGCCAAAGAGCAUUUAACUCUGAAACAUAGUAAAUCGAAUUUAUUAACAGCAACCAGUAAAAUGGAUAUUAAUAAUACAGAUUCUAGUGAUAACUAUGAAGAUUCUUUACAAAAUGAUGAUGCUUUAGUGGUCACCAAUUGCCGCUCUCUGUGCGAUCAUCAUUUGCAGCAGCAGCACCAGCGCCAUCAAGAACUUUAUCAAAAUUCACAAUUUGAGAAAAAGUCCUGUGUACGCCACUCAUUUUCGGGUGUCAAAGAUGAUUUGAUGCAGAGCUCACCACGAAUAUCAUUGAGAUCCCGUGGCCAUAUUUUACGCAAUUCUAUGAAUGAUUUAGAAGAACGUCUGCACAAUUUAGAACAGUCAUUUAAGAGACCCACAGAUUAUGGUAGCAGUAGUAGUAAAAAUAAUAAUAAUAAUUUGAAUAAUUCCUUAAAGUUUUAA